UGUACAUGUACAUGAACUCAGGGUGAGUUUGAUGCUGAAUCAGCAUUUCUAGGCAAGGCCGCGGUUAUUUUAGAGACUGCAUGAGACUGUGUCGACCAUGUACCAACUAACAAUCAGAUACAGACCAUGAAAAAGACCUACAACCAUGAGCAGACACAUACACAAAGAAGAUGGACGAAAACGAAAGCACUCACAUCACAGUCGCAAUAAAUCGUCUGAUGAUUCUGAAUCCACUUCUGAUUACUCAACAGAGAGCAGCUCCUAUGAAAGCGAGAGCUCAGUUGAGGCUACCAAGAAGAAAAGACGAUCGUCUUCACACAAAGGACGUGAAAAGGAGAGGAGCGUAUCCAAGAAAUCCAAGAAAAAGCGAAAGGAAAUAAAGAAAAAGAAAAGCAAGCAUAAGCCACCCAAGAUAGUGCCAUCAGUUGAGAUCUCAGAAGAUGAUUACUACCUCAAGAGUGCAGAGUUCAGAACAUGGCUAUCCAAAGAAAGAGAUACUUACUUCAGUGAGCUAACAUCUGAUGAGUCUAGGAACCUCUUCAAAAAGUUCGUAACUAAGUGGAACAAGGGCUUGCUGGACAAGGGGUACUACAAAGGCAUUCAGAGCUCGGCCGUCUCUCACGACACUCAGUCUAAGUACAAGUGGAAGUUUGCAUCAGGUGUGAACUCCGGAGAGCUGAAGAGCAUGAGGGAUAGUGUAUCAACAUGGUCUGCACAAGGGUCAGAGGUCACGUCAACAGCUGGUCCCAGUCAGCCCACAACAUCAAAGGCCUUUGUCAGCCAGCCCACAGCGUCAAGGAGUGUGAUUGGUCCCUCCAGAGGACCCACAAUUGGACCAUCAAGGGGACCACUAAUUGAAGAGCCGCCGUACGACAGAGAGUUGGGGAGGGAGGAGGAACACGUCCGAGUGAAGAGGGAGAGGAAGAAGCACAGGAAACAACAGGAGAUGGUAUUCGAUGAGUUACUGCCCAAAGCCACUGGAAGGGAAGCAAAGAUUGAGAAAAGGAGAGCCCACGCUGAAGUGAGGCGAGCAAAAGAGUACAGCCCAGAACCCGCCGACCAUUUUGUUCAAACGGGACCAAGGGAUAACAUUCAAUCAAGGAUACGAUCAAUUCAAAAAAAUAGAGAAAAGAAAGCAAGCAGUGCCGUUCAAAAGAUUUCAGAUUACAGAGCUAAAGAGAAAGCUAGAAUGGAUGCUAUACUUGAAAUGGCAAAGGCGAACAAGAAAGAAGGGUCACUUUGGUGACGAGCUGAAAUUCAGAUGUUGUACAUGUAACCAUAAUUAUUUAUACAAUAAUUAUAUAGAAUAAUUAUUGUUAUUGCACUAC